AUGCCAGGAGCCUAUGGUGUGGAGGCCAUCAGCCCGACGCAGGUGCAAGUCAACACCGAGUUCGGCCACGAGGAGGACCCUGCCACGGGCCUCACGGUGAAGUUUGCGUUGCACGUGACGGCGGCAGACACCACCAAGUCGAAUGCCCCCGUGGCGAGCAUGCACCAAGAGAUCGGCUUCAGCCUGGCGCUGCUGCGGCCCAAAGGCGGCUUCCAGAUGCGCCUCCCCUGCCGUGCGGAGAUGCUGCGGGCCAGCCGCACGCUGGGCCAGUGGUUCAUGGACCCGUUGAACUGCGGACGGUCGCUGCUGGCGGAGACCCCGACCCUGGAGGAGCUGAACAUCAGCUUCGACGGUUUGGCCCGGCCUCUGCGAUACAUUCCAUUCACCGGCGGGGACUUGGAGCAAGACAUCUCGAAUCUCUUCAACCACCUGGUGAACAUUUUCAACCGAAUCUACCAGGAUCGCCUGCCGGGCGCGAUGGCCCGACUUGCCACUUCUGACCGGGGCCUGAACUUUGUGAACACGCUACUGGCCCACCACAUGUCGCCCGCCCAGUGCAUGAAUGCGGCGGAAGCCGAGGAAGCCAUCGCAGGAAUGUUCCCCGCGACCUUCAGCGAUUGGCCGAAGGUGCUGGACGGGCAGAUGCACGGUUACUUGGACCGGAUCAUCGAGGGCGUGUUGCGCCAAAACCAGACGACUGCCCCAGAGGGAUGGCUUCAGAUGCCUCCUCUCACAAUUGGCGCCCUGAGCGACGUGCACUUGAAGGACCUGAGGCUCACAGGAACCUCCCAGAUCUCCAAGCUGCAGCUGAUGCAAACGGACACCGCGGAGAAGGAGAUGUUGGGCUUUGACCUCGAGGCCGCCUGCCCGAACGACCAGAAGCCCUUCCCGACGCUUUUGGAGAUGACCUGGGGCGCGACGCUGGAUGUGGGCAGUGAGGUCCUAGUGCAGGUGCAGAUGCCCUGCGGCUCGCUGCAAGCCAGCCUCAAUGUCAGCGUUGACACGAUCGACACUGCGGACAUCUUGGUGCCGCCGAGCAUUUUUUGUACUCUGCUGACGCCCUUCCAGACCCUGGCGGUGACCUCCCUGGAGGCCGUGAAGCAAGGCCCAGGUGCUCUCUACGUGACCUUGGGAUCUGCGCCGAAAGUGGACGUGGUGGAGGAGAUGUGCAAGCUCUACCCAAAGCUUUGCGUCUUCGGGUCUAGGCUUGGAGAGCACUUGGCGCACCCCGGGAACGCUACUGAUUUGCUGAGCUUCCUUCACAAGGCAGCUGUGAAGCACUGCGACGCGCUGCAGGUUGUGACCGGCAGAAGGCUGCAGGAGGAGAAGACACGGGACGAGAAGGGCAUUCCCUAUGACGAGGGCUUCAACGCCCUCCUCUGGAUUGCCAGCCUCCUGGGUAGUUUGGCUUUGGCGGCGGGCGUCACCUACCUGGUGGCAUGGAAGGCGGGGCACAGCGUGAACACUCGCCGCUCCUCGCUGGCGCUGCACGUCUUCGUGGGCUCCCGGCCCGGACGCGGCUUCAUUUUCGUAGUGAGCUUCCUGAUGUUCAUCUCUUUGUGCCUGCGGCUCAUCGCCACGCAGACGCUGCCCUACGUGUCCAUGGAGAUGGCCAUGGUCUACAAGCCGAGCGGGCGAGAGAUUGACUCACAGACUUUGGGGGUCUUCACCUUUUGGGGUGACUCGGCCAUCAGCUCGUGA